AUAUUUCGUAUAUUCUACUUGGUGUCGUGCUUUCUUGUUGUCCAGUAGUCAAAUGUUUUCUUUGUACUGCUUUUUAGACACUUUCUUUUUGUGAUCUAAAAUGAAAUUUUUUGGUUGAUGUGCAGCAGAGCCAGUUCAUCAGAGUUCAUAAUACCAGUGCAUAAAUUCUGGAAGAGUCUUGAUCAUUCUUUUUCUGUUGGAAUGAGGUUCAAAAUGCGUUUUGAAACUGAAGAUGCGGCAGAACGAAGAUACACAGGACUCGUAACUGGAAUCAGUGAUAUGGAUCCUGUUAGAUGGCCUGGUUCAAAAUGGAGAUGCCUGCUGGUAAGGUGGGAUGAUAUCGAUGCUAAUAGGCAUAGCAGGGUUUCUCCCUGGGAAAUUGAGCUGUCUGGUACAAUUUCUAGUUCUAACAACUUGCUCACACCUGGUGUGAAAAGGAACAGGAUUGGAUUGCCUUCAGGAAAACCAGAAUUUAUGGUUCCUGAUGGAAUUGGAGCAUCCGACUUUGGGGAACCUUUGCGGUUCCAGAAGGUCUUGCAAGGUCAAGAAAUCUUGGGUUUUAACAGUCUUUAUGAUGGUGCUGAUGGUCAGAAUCUGCAUCGGUCUGAAAUAAGGCGGUGCUUUCCUGGUUCCAAUGGUUCUGGUAUUGUUGCAAUAGGAAAUGUUGGUAGAGACCCACUGGGGAAUUCCGAAAUUUCCUGUAGAGGUGUAGGCUUUGGGGAAUCUUUCCGAUUCCAUAAGGUCUUGCAAGGUCAAGAAAUUUAUGUAAGCCCUCCAUAUAUAAGAGGUCCAACUACAAAUGAUACUCAAGAAAAUGAUGGUCUUGGAGUCCGUGAUGCUGGUCAGUUUUCGAGAACAAGAAGUGGAUGGUCUUCCUUGAUGCAGAGCUAUAAUACUCAUGGUCAUAUACGGCCAUCAGCACCAUCUGCUCAAGUGUCUUCACCAUCUUCGGUGUUAAUGUUCCAGCAAGCAAGCAAUCCAAUUCCAAACAUCAAUCCUAUUUAUAGCCUCAAUAGCCAGGAAAAGGAGCAGGGGGUUGACAACCGGAGUUCUUUUCGUGCACCUGAAAUGUAUGGGGGAAAGUUAUUGCAAUCUUCUACUGGUGACCACAGUUCCCGCGGGAGGGAUCAUGGAACCUUGGACUCAUUUGGCCACUCAAAUGAUUCUGUUCAACUUGGUGGCUCACAACCUCUUGCAGCUCAACCAGCAUUUAGGACUAGUCAAGAUUUAGCUUCCUCGUGUAAAAGUAGCUGCAGACUUUUUGGAUUCUCCUUGACUGAGGGAAGAGAGGAUGCUAAUAAGGAGGACGACAUGGUGAAAGCGACCUCAUCAUUGGGUCCUGGAGCUUUUUUACCUUGUAUUGGCGAGCAGUUUCACCCAAAGCCUCCAGCAGUGACAAACACAGUGGGAAGCAAUUGUACCAAAGGAAUUCUGCAACAUUAUCUCAAAAAUUAUAUAUACUGAUGAAGAUGCUUGCAGAAGCAGCUGAUAGUGGGCAAGAAGAUGCCUACAGUUGCUCUAGUUGCAUGUGUGUUUUGAUUGGCAAGAGUUUAGCAUUAUGACUAAAAAUUGAAAAAUUGUAAUUACUUUCAUGAAUUGACUUGAUUGUAAUUGCCUCAUGGCUAUGAUAAGAACACCUUGUAUUAACCUUUGUGAUGGUCUUCUACUUAA